CUUCUUCUCUCCUUCUUGUUGUGUGUUUAUUGUGUGGCAGCAGUACAUAAGGGGACCAGGGGCAAAAUGGACAGUGAGUGCAGAAGGAAGUGGAAGGUCAGGCUUGCCCUGAAGCGAGACAUCUUCAAGGAGUUCCUGGCGGAGUUUCUAGGGAUAUUUGUCCUGAUACUCUUUGGAUGUGGUUCAGUGGCCCAGGCUGUCCUCAGUAAGGGGGCACUCGGGGAGCCCCUGUCCAUCCACCUUGGCUUCACUCUGGGACUCAUGAUGGCCGCCUACAUUGCAGGAGGGGUGUCAGGAGCCCAUGUGAACCCUGCGGUCUCUCUCGCCAUGGUGUUGCUAGGCAAGAUGUCCUGGAAGAAGUUUCCUGUGUAUGUCGCUGCGCAGUUUUUGGGAGCCUUUGUUGGAGCCUCUUGUGUCUACUUUUUAAAUUAUGAUGCUUUAAUGGACUAUAGUAAGGGAGAAUUCAUUGUUACUGGAGACAACGCUACAGCUGGCAUAUUUGCAUCUUAUCCUGCUAAACAUCUCUCCAUCCUCAAUGGAUUCCUGGACCAGGUGGUGGGGGCUGCUGCAUUAAUUCUGUGCAUCCUAGCCAUCACGGACUCCAAGAACAUCGGUGCUCCUAGAGGCAUGGAGCCUCUCUGCAUCGGCCUGGUCAUCAUGGCCAUCGCCGUGUCCAUGGGCUUGAACUGCGGCUACCCCAUCAACCCGGCAAGAGACUUAAGCCCACGACUUUUCACUGCGGUGGCUGGAUGGGGCGGGGAUGUGUUCAGGGCUGGAGGAUGCUGGUGGUGGAUCCCUGUGUUUGGGCCUAUGGUUGGAGGCGUAGUUGGAGCUGCUAUUUACUUUCUCUUCAUCGAGUUGCACCACGCAGACGCCCAAAAACAAGAGGAAAACAACGUACAGCAAAAGUAUGACAUUGUAACUUUGACUUAGCCUUAAAGGGCAAGGAACCAUAUUUAUACUCACUUCAACUUAACGCCACACGCCUCAUAUAAUGAAGAAAACACAUGUGAUUCCUCCCAGCCAGUCAGCAAAGACAGGCACUUGUUUGUAAUCAUUAUAAAUAUAAUAAUAAUGACAUUAGUUUUUGUAUUUGUUUGUAACAAACGGUGAAUGCACUAAAGUUCUUUUCUGUGGUUAUGAAGUAUUGUAAUGAUUGGCCUAUCAAUGGUUAAAAUGUGGAACAUUGGCUUCCAUGCAUUUACAAUGGGAAGUCUUCAUAUUAAAAAAAUCACAAAAAAAUUAUUCAAUAUACACUCCUGAUCAAAAUUGUAAGACCAGUUGAAAAAUUGCAAGAAUUUACAUUUUGCACUACUGGAUCUUAAGGAGGUUCCAAGUAGGGCUUCAAAAUACAAAAUGGAAGUGAGACCAUUUUUUUGAAUAAUUCACUGAAUUACACUGAAAUUACGCUGUUCAUCAGCGGAUCAAAAGUUUAAGACCAUAACCCAAAAACCCAAAAACAGGAUGGUCCAAAAGAGUGACGUUAUUCCUCUGGAAGAAGUCCUUUGUCAGGCGGGCAUUGUGAACUGCAGCAUUGUCCUGUUGAAAAACCCAGUCAUUACCACACAGACGAGGGCCUUCAGUCAUGAGGGAUGUCCCUUGCAACAUCUCCACAUAGCUAGCAGCCGUUUGACGCACCUGCACAACCUGCAGCUCCAUUGUUCCAUCAAAGGAAAAAGCAACCCAGAUGAUGAUGGUGCCCCCUCCACUGUGCUGUGUGGAAAACAUCUCAGGUGGGAUCUCCUUGUCAUGCCAGUAACAUUGGAAGCAAUCAGGACCGUCAAGAUUACAUUUUUUCUCAUAGAAUAAAACUUUGUUCCACCUUUCAAUGUCCCAUGUUUGGUGCUCUCGUGCCAAUUCCAAACGGGCCAUUUUGUGGCGCUCAAGGGGACGACGCAUUUGAAAAAGUUUUUUUCUUUUUAAAACCCUUCUCUCGCAGAUGCGGUCUGAUGGUUAUUGGUCUGCAAUCGGCACCAUUUCAUUUGGGCCAGGUCUUGGUGGACAGCCACUUGGAUCCUCCGGUUCAGGGCUGUUUUUGUGUCUACCACUUGACUUUUUUAUUCCAUAACCCUUAGGAUCUUUUAAGAAGUUUAAAAUGACUUAUUGGUCCCAACCUCGCUGCAAGACGCCUUGCUUAUGUAGAGCAACAAUCUGACCGCGUUCAAAGAGAGAAAGCUUUUUUGCCUUUGCCAUCAAGAGAUCAUGACAGUGUGACCUGACAGAAAAUGACAUUGAAUCCCCAUUUUUGCCAAGAUUUUGGCUUUUAAAGGCUGUGAUCUUAAACUUUUGAUCAGGUGAUGAACAGCCUAUUUCACUUUAAUGCUUGUUGCAAUAAAUUGCUUGCUCGAAAACAUUUUUUGUUGCUCACAUUUUUUCAUUUUGAAGCUCUACUUAAAACCCUCCUUAAGAUCAAACAGUUCAAAAUGUAAAUUCUUGCAAUUUUUCAACCAAUGUUAAAAUUUUGAUCAGGAGUGUCUAUAUUUUUUACGUUUCUGAAGGGUUUUUUUUUUUAUUGUUGUACAUUUUAGGUUGCAGGUAUUAUCUGCUGGGAAUGCAAAAAUGCAUGCAUCAGGCUGGUGUUCUAACCAAAAUUUAUCAGGAAUUAGUGCAAAAGGUCCACAAUUUUCCUCAUAAAUUCUCACAAGAACAGGCUGCACUUAGCUAUACAUCCUGUGUUGUGUUGUAUGAGCCCAAUUUUUCUGUAAACGUUAUUGUACAGUAUCAGACUAUUUAGCAUGAGAUAUACUUGUGGUCAAUUAACUAUUUUUUCAUGUGUUCUGUCAAAACUGUAGUUGGAGUCAUUUUUAUUUUGAUUAGAAACUCCAGCCUUAAAUUAUUAUAUAUUUGUGGUCCUUUUUUUUUUUUUUUUUACUCAAGGUCUCCUAAGCUAUAACGUCAUUACAAGUGACACAUUGAUGUUUGAUAAAUGGUUACUGCUAAGCGACUGCUGUGUUAUUAAAAAGCCAUACGAUAUUAAACACACACGUAUCCUACUGUA